GCUCAACGGCCACAAAAUUAAAUCUUGUCAAGGAACAGCAUGGAUGUUGUUCUAGCUCGGUGCCACCUCCGCCAUGCCGUCGGGGCGCUCCUCGCCGCCGAGUUCCUGCUCUCCGCCGCCGUCAGGGCGCAGGAUGAAACAGACAACGAGCGCGAGUUCAGCUACAACCGGAGCGCGCCGAACGGGCCGGAUCGCUGGGGCGAGAUCAAGCCGUCGUGGGCCAACUGCAGCCGCGGCCGGAUGCAGUCGCCCAUCGACCUCUCCAACGCCAGGCCGGAGCGCUCCCUCGGCUUCCUCAACUACUCCUACCGCCCCGCCCAGGCCACCAUCGUCAACCGCGGCCACGACAUCGCGGUGAUGUUCAAGGGCGACGCCGGGAGCCUGGUGAUCAACGGCACGGCGUACCACCUGCGGCAGCUGCACUGGCACACGCCCAGCGAGCACACCGUCGGCGGCCGCCGCUACGACAUGGAGCUGCACCUGGUGCACGAGUCCGCGGCGAACAAGGCCGCCGUGAUCGGCGUCCUCUACAAGGUCGGCCACCCCGACCGGUUCCUGCAGACGCUGGAGCCCGCCAUCAGGCUCAUCAAGGAGACGCGGGACAUGGAGGUGCCCAUCGGGGUGGUCGACCCAAGCGGCGCCCGCGCCACCGGCAGCGUGUACUACCGCUACAUGGGCUCCCUCACCACGCCGCCCUGCACCGAGGGGGUCGUCUGGACCGUCUUCCAGAAGGCUCGCCACGUGGCCAAGUACCAGCUGGAGCUUCUCAGGGAUGCGGUGGAUGACGUAAGAGUCGAUCUCUCGUUGGCCUCCUCGUCGUUCCUUCCUCUAAUUUUCACAAGCCUGUCGAAAAUAAAAGAUUAAGACGGCGUAGCUAGAAUAAUAAAAUCUGGUAAAACCGUAAAAGGCGGUGUAAGAACGGAAUCUGGUUUUGGUGUUUGUGAGCUUGAUUGACCGAGUGCCUUUCUUGCGUGUGUUCUUAUCAACUUCUGCACGGCAAUAGGGAGAACGCGAGGCCACUUCAGGAUGUGAACGGCAGAGACAUCAGCGUCUUCCGGCCGAAGCCCUGUGUACUGGGUAAACAGUACUACUAGAUGGUGAUGCAUGGGCUGAUCGAUCGACAGGGAUACCACAGUAGUGUGUGGUAGCUUGUUAUGCAUCUUGGUAGACGGCGAACAUGUCUUGUGCUUCUCUCUACUUAUGUGUCUUGGCUGUAGCAGGACUAAAUAAAACACGGGGUCAUUUAUGUUCUCAAUUUCUCA